AUGGGCAGGAGAGGCUGGCCACCCAAAGUGAAGGCGGUGCCUCGUGUGCAAUCUGAAUCCUCACGUAGGGUGGAGCUGGGUUGGGUAUCGGUUCUGAAGAGUCCAGGCAUGAAGUCAGGUAUACCCCCUCCUCCUCCUUCGCCUACUGUUCCAUCAUCUAGUACUCUUGUUUCAAAUGCUGUGUUGCACCAAAAUGUCUCUAGCACACCAACUGUUCGUAAAAUUGCCAAAAUAAGUAAACUGGAUAUUGAACCUGAAAUUAAGUAUUGGGAGUAUUCGGUUGUGUGCUAUGUGACUAGUUCCAACCCCCCUCUCCAUGUUGUAGAAGGGUUUGUUAGAAGAAUAUGGAAGGAACUUGAGAUAGAUAAGGUUGGAAUGGUCAACAGGGGAGUUUUCCUCAUUCGAUUUACAUUGCAAGAACAUCAGGAACGUACUUGUAAUAUGAAUGAAAAUAUAUUGAAACAGAUUGCAGGUUAUUUGGGUCCGGUUUUGAAGGUGGAUAAUGCCACGCUUACGAAGGCAAGGUUGAUAUAUGCACGGGUUUUGGUAGACAUGAAUAUGACUGAGGUUGAUUGUCGAGUGGGUCUUCAUAGAGCAUCUAAGUCUCAAUUAGAGGUGGAUGAACAUGGUUUCCGAUCUUUGAAAAAAACUUAUCGCCCUAAGUCUCAAACAAUCCAGCAGCCUUUGGAUAAGGAGCUUAAGGUUGGACCUAUCCAACAGCCUCCUGUGCAGCAGCCUACACCUUCACAGCAGGUAGUUGAACCUGACCAGGAGCUCUCUGAUAAUCAGCAGGUAACUGCCUCACUCCAGGUAAGUGCCUCUAUACCGCACCUUGAGUUAGAUGCACCUUUCUUUCCUAUUCGCAAUGGGGGUAUUAAUAAGGCUAGAAAGCAGAUAGAGGUAGCUCAUUUCUUAUCUUAUCAUAAUGUUAGUCUUAUUGGUCUCCUGGAAACUAAGGUCAAGCGUAAGGGUUUAGGAUCGUUUUAUCUUCGUAGGUUUCCUAAUUGGUGUUUUACAACUAAUUUAACAUGGCAUGAUGGAGAUCGCAUCAUAGUUGAUUGGAGAACUACGGAUUUUCAUGUUGAUAUUUUGUCUUGUCAAAGUCAGUUCAUUGAUGUUGCAGUGGCUCCAAAUAAUGGUGAUUCGUUCCGUUGCACCUUUGUUUAUGGGUCCACUAUGAAAGAGCGGAUAGGGUCACUAGUGCGCUUAGCUGAGGUUCAGCCCCUUCGUGAUUAUAUGGCGGUAUGCAAUGUUCAUGAUCUAAAACACCAUUGCAAAUUCUUUACUUGGACUAACAAGCAAACGGGUGAUAAUCGGGUCAUGAGCAAGAUUGAUAGAGUGCUGGGAAAUGAUCAAUGGGAAGUCAGUUUUCCUAACUCAUUGGUUAAUUUUCUUGCUGAAGGAGAAUAUGAUCAUACUCCGAUGCUAGUGUCUUUUUUGAGGUCCAACCAACUAAGAUACCUUUUCGGUAUUUUGAUUAAGCUACGGUUACUUAAGAGUAAGUUGAAGACCUUAUAUGGGAAGGAGCACUUACAGCUAGAGGUGGACAAAGCUCAUUCUGAGUUGAUAUCUUUGCAUAAUCAACUACAUGAUCAUUUGGGUGACCCUACCUUAGCUAUUCAAGAGCAGGUUGCCGCUGCUAAGUUUCAACAACUAAAACAAGAGCUUGAAGCUAGUCUUCGACAGAAAGCUAAGCUGAAGUGGAUAAAAUUUGGAGAUGAUAACACUACGGUUUUUCAUCAGAGCAUUAAUUACAGACUAAGGCAUAACAAAGUUGCUUUCAUUCAAUUCCAGGGGAAGGACAUCACUAAGCCUUCUCAAAUUCAUAAGGCUUUCUUUGACUAUUACUCUGAUCUAUUUUGCUUUGAGGGCAAGGAUAGGACUACGAUCAAUAUUGACACGGCUCCAGGGUUAGACGGUUUCAAUAGCAAUUUUUAUAAGGCUGCGUGGGAGGUUGUGGGAGAUGAUAUCAUCCGAGCAGUUCAUCAGUUCUUUGGCAAUGGCAAAAUGCUAAAGAGUUGGAAUAUCACGACAAUUACAUUGAUUCCAAAGGUGCAUAGUCCUUUAUAUCCAGGUGAUUUCAAGCCGAUUUCUUGUUGUCAUGGAGCCUUUGUAGCAGGUCGUAGUAUUAUGCAUGACAUUUUACUUUGUCAAGACAUAGUGAAGCACUAUGCUAGGCAAGGGUGUGCGCCCAGUUGUCUCAUGAAAAUCGACCUAUGCAAAGCUUAUGACACGAUGAAUUGGCAAUUUAUUAAAGAGAUGUUGGUGGCUCUCAAUUUUCCGCACCAAUUCAUCAAAAUCAUUAUGGCGUGUAUUACUUCUAUGUGUUAUGCCUUAAUGAUUAAUGGGUCUCCUACUAACAUUUUUGCUACAAAAUGA